UGUGAUAGAGAAGUCUGGAUAUUUGAAUGCACCAAGGAAGGAGAAGGGAAAACACCCACCUAAAGGGAGGAACAAUUCUGGUCUUUUGCAAGGGGGUUACUCUCUACGGCAAAAUACACGUCAAGGAGCCAACAGGGAUGAGCGCACUGCAAGGAAGAAAAGUUUCACUGACAUAUCAGUUAUUAAUAUUCACCAAAGGAUGCGUAACAGAAAGAAAAUAUAUAAAUGCCGGGAAUGUAGAAAAAGUUUCAGGCAGAGAGCGCACCUUACUUUCCAUCGAAAAAUUCACACAGGGGAGACACCAUACAAAUGCCUGGAGUGUGGGGAAAGGUUCAGUCAGAGUGGCUCUCUUACUUCCCAUCGAAGAAUUCACACAGGGGAGAAACCAUACAAAUGCCUUAAUUGUGGGAAAAGCUUCACUCGGGGUAACACUCUCAUCUCCCAUCAAAGUAUUCAUGCAGGGGAGAGCUUAUAUAAAUGCUUGGAAUGUGAAAAAAGUUUUAGAAGAAAAGAUGGUCUCAUCGCCCAUCGAAGAAUUCACACAGGGGAGAAACCAUACAAAUGCCUGGAGUGUGGAAAAAGCUUCAGUCAGCAUAGCGGUCUUACUACCCAUCAAAGGAUUCACACAGGGGAGAAACCAUACAAAUGCCUGGAGUGUGUAAAAAGCUUCAGUCAGCAUAGCGGUCUUACUACCCAUCAAAGGAUUCACACAGGGGAGAAACCAUACAAAUGCCUGGAGUGUGGGAAAAGCUUCAGUCAGCAUAGCGGUCUUACUACCCAUCAAAGGAUUCACACAGGGGAGAAACCAUACAAAUGCCUGGAGUGUGGGAAAAGCUUCAGUCAGCAUAGCGGUCUUACUACCCAUCAAAGGAUUCACACAGGGGAGAAACCAUACAAAUGCCUGGAGUGUGGGAAAAGCUUCAGUCAGCAUAGCGGUCUUACUACCCAUCAAAGGAUUCACACAGGGGAGAAACCAUACAAAUGCCUGGAGUGUGGGAAAAGCUUCAGUCAGCAUAGCGGUCUUACUACCCAUCAAAGGAUUCACACAGGGGAGAAACCAUACAAAUGCCUGGAGUGUGGGAAAAGCUUCAGUCAGCAUAGCGGUCUUACUACCCAUCAAAGGAUUCACACAGGGGAGAAACCAUACAAAUGCCUGGAAUGUGGGAAAAGCUUCAGUUGGAGUAACAAUCUUAUCUCCCAUCAAAGAAUUCACACAGGGGAGAAACCAUACAAAUGCCUGGAGUGUGGGAAAAGCUUCAGUCAGCAUAGCGGUCUUACUACCCAUCAAAGGAUUCACACAGGGGAGAAACCAUACAAAUGUCUGGAGUGUGAGAAAAGCUUCCGUCACAGUGGACACCUUGAUUCCCAUCAAAGAAUUCACACAGGGGAGAAACCAUACAAAUGCCUGGAGUGUGGGAAAAGAGUCGUGUGGCAGUCAGCGAAUGGAGCGGAAGAACACCGACUGAUGGAAAAAGAGGAUACAUAUUCAGAUGUGACAGAGAAGUUUGAAUAUUUGGAUGCACCAAGGAAGGAGGAGGGAAAACACCCCCCUAAAGGGAGGAACAAUUCUGGUCUUUUACAGGGGGAUGAGUCUCUACAGCAAAAUACAUGUCAAGGAGACAACAGGGAGGAGUGCACUGACAUAUCAGUUACUAAUAUUCACCAAAGGAGGUGUAACAGAAAGAAAAUAUAUAAAUGCCGGGAAUGUGGAAAAAGUUUCAGGCAGAGAGUGCACCUUACUUCCCACCUAAGAAUUCACACAGGGGAGAAACCAUACAAAUGCCUGGAAUGUGGAAAAGGUUUUGGAAGAAAAGAUACUCUCAUCGCCCAUCAAAGAAUUCACACAGGGGAGAAACCUUACAAAUGCUUGGAGUGUGGGAAAAGCUUUGGUUACAGUACAAGUCUUGCUUCCCAUCGAAGAAUUCACACAGGUGAAAAACCAUACAAAUGCCUGGAGUGUGGGAAAAGCUUCCAUCAAAGUGGAAACCUUACUUCCCAUCGAAUAAUUCACACAAGGGAGAAAUCAUACAAAUGCCUGGAAUGUGGGAAAAGCUUCAAUACUCUCAGAUCCCAUCAAAGAAUUCACACUGGGGAGAAACCUUACAAAUGCUUGGAGUGUGGGAAAAGCUUUGGUUACAGUACAUGUCUUGCUUCCCAUCGAAGAAUUCACACAGGUGAGAAACCAUACAAAUGCCUGGAGUGUGGGAAAAGCUUCCAUCAAAGUGGAAUCCUUACUUCCCAUCAAAUAAUUCACACAAGGGAGAAACCAUACAAAUGCCUGGAAUGUGGGAAAAGCUUUGGUUACAGUACAAGUCUUGCUUCCCAUCGAAGAAUUCACACAGGUGAGAAACCAUACAAAUGCAUGGAGUGUGGGAAAAGCUUCCAUCAAAGUGGAAACCUUACUUCCCAUCAAAGAAUUCACACAAGGGAGAAACCAUACAAAUGCCUGGAAUGUGGGAAAAGCUUUGGUUACAGUACAAGUCUUGCUUCCCAUCGAAGAAUUCACACAGGUGAGAAACCAUACAAAUGCAUGGAGUGUGGGAAAAGCUUCCAUCAAAGUGGAAACCUUACUUCCCAUCAAAGAAUUCACACAAGGGAGAAACCAUACAAAUGCCUGGAAUGUGGGAAAAGCUUUGGUUACAGUACAAGUCUUGCUUCCCAUCGAAGAAUUCACACAGGUGAGAAACCAUACAAAUGCCUGGAGUGUGGGAAAAGUUUCCGGCAGAGAGAGCACCUUACUUCCCAUCGAAGAAUUCACACAAGGGAGAAACCAUACAAAUGCCUGGAGUGUGGGAAAAGCUUCAGUCGGAGUGACAGUCUUACUUCCCAUCGAAGAAUUCACUCAGGGGAGAAACCAUACAAAUGCCUGGAGUGUGGAAAAAGUUUCAGUCGGAGUGACAGUCUUAAUUUCCAUCAAAGAAUUCACACAGGGGAAAAACCAUACAAAUGCCUGGACUGUGGGAAAAGCUUCAGUCGGAGUGCACACCUUACUUUCCAUCAAAAAAUUCACACAGGUGAGAAACCAUACAAAUGCCUGGAGUGUGGGAAAAGCUUCAGUCAGAGUAAUAGUCUUACUUCCCAUCAAAUAAUUCACACAGGGGAGAAACCAUACAAAUGCCUGGAGUGUGGGAAAAGCUUCAGUCGAAGUGACAGUCUUACUUCCCAUCAAAUAAUUCACACAGGGGAGAAACCAUACAAAUGCCUAGAGUGUGGGAAAAGCUUCAGUCGGAGUAACACUCUUACUUCCCAUCAAAGAAUUCACACAGGGGAAAAACCAUACAAAUGCCUGGAGUGUGGGAAAAGCUUUGGUUCCAGUACCAUUCUUGCUUCCCAUCAAAGAAUUCACACAGGGGAGAAACCAUACAAAUGCCUGGAGUGUGGGGAAAGCUUCAGUCAGAGUGGAAUACUUACUACCCAUCGAAGAAUUCACUCAGGGGAGAAACCAUACAAAUGCCUGGAUUGUGGGAAAAGCUUCCGUUGGAGGUACAGUCUUACCCUCCAUAGAAGAAUUCACACAGGGGAGAAGCCAUACAAAUGCCUGGAGUGUGGGAAAAGCUUCAGUCACAGUGGAUACCUUGCUUCCCAUCGAAGAAUUCACACAGGGGAGAAACCAUACAAAUGCCUGGAGUGUGGGAAAAGCUUCAGUCGGAGUAACACUCUUACUUCCCAUCAAAGAAUUCACACAGGGGAAAAACCAUACAAAUGCCUGGAGUGUGGGAAAAGCUUUGGAACAAAAUAUUCCCUCAUCUCCCAUCAAAGAACUCACACAGGGGGGAAAGUAUACAAAUGCCUGGAAUGUGGGAAAAGCUUCAGGAACAGGGGACACCUUGCUUCCCAUCAAAGAACUCACACAGGAAAACCAUAUAUAUGCCUGGAGUGUGGGAAAAGCUUCAGUCGAAGUAGUACUCUUAUCUCCCAUCAAAGUAUUCAUGCAGGGGAGAACCUAUAUAAAUGCUUGGAGUGUGGGAAAAGUUUUAGAAGAAAAGAUACUCUCAUUUCCCAUCAAAGAAUUCACACUGGGGAGGAGCCUUACAAAUGCUUGGAGUGUGGGAAAAGCUUCAGUCCCAGUUUAUACCUUGGUGUCGGUCAGAAAAUUCACAGAGGGGAGAAGUCAUAUAAAUCCCUGGAGUGUGGGAAAAGCUUCAGUCCCAGUUUAUACCUUGGUGUCGGUCAGAAAAUUCACAGAGGGGAGAAGUCAUAUAAAUCCCUGGAGUGUGGGAAAAGCUUCAGUCCCAGUUUAUACCUUGGUGUCGGUCAGAAAAUUCACAGAGGGGAGAAGUCAUAUAAAUCCCUGGAGUGUGGGAAAAGCUUCAGUCACAGUGGAAGCCUUACUUCCCAUCAAAGAAUUCACACAAGGGAGAAACCAUAUAAAUGCCUGGAGUCUGGGGAAAGCUUCAGUUGCAGUUCACACCUCAGUGUCCAUCAGGAAAUUCAUACAGGGGAGAAACUAUAG